AUGUCGGGUACGAAAGAGUUCAAGUCUGCGCUCGCGCUAUUGACAACCCUUCCUCGAUGCAAAGCUGUUCUGAUCCAGCACGACACCCCAAGCAGUGGCUGGCUCAUGUGCGACUACCAUUGCAGCCGGUGGAAGGCCCGAGAAAAGACCAUGGCUACCCUGGACCAUGUGUUGCGCGAGAACUUGGAGCAUAGUCUUGUUGGCUUCAUGUUUUCUUCGCGAUCGCAAUCGUACGACGAGUACCACCUAUGCUAUUUCGCAGAGCAAGAGAAAGAGGCAGAGAAGGGGGCUGAGGAAGAUGGUCGACCAGCAGAUGUUGAGGAAGAUAGCCGACGCACAGAGAUUGAGGAAGACGGUCGACGCACAGAGAUGGAGGAAGAAGGCCGCGGCCAUGAAGAGACAGAAGAUGCAUACGCAGGUCAGUCCCGAGACAUGGUUCGUGAUGAGUAUCGCUCACGUGGGCUUCCACGGCCCAUCCCCAAGAAGAAGGUGGACAUUGUGGCGGCUCUGCAGAAGGACGAUUUGAGGAGGUUGGAGUAG